AUAAAGUAUGUGAAGUCUGGUGGAAAUGUGCAUUUAAAACAUGGAGUUGUUCUGGAUGUGGACCCCUGGUUUGUGGUCUCUGAUGCUAGCAGGAAUCUGGACUCUCCCCAUCGAUCAGGAUCAGUGGCUGAGGCCCGAGGAUGUGGAGCUGGCUGAGAGCUACCUCAGCAGGUUUUACAACCUGAGUCCCAGUGGUGGAGUAAGAAGGCGGGUCAGGUCCACAUCAGCCAUGGAGGAGAAGAUCAGAGAGAUGCAGCAUUUCUUUGGUCUUAAGGAGACAGGCCGUCUGGACCGUAACACCCUGGACGUGAUGAGGGAACCUAGGUGUGGCGUUCCAGAUAUAGAAAACUUUAGCUUUUACCCUGGAAAGCCUAAAUGGAAGAACCACACCAUCACAUACAUGAUUGCAAAAUACACUCCGGAUAUGAAGAGAGAGGACGUGGAAAAUUCCUUCAGUUCAGCCAUCAAAAUGUGGAGCGAUGAAUCACCCCUGAGGUUGAUCAAAGUCAACCAUGGCAAAGCUGAUAUCGUCUUCUCCUUCGCCGUUGGAACUCAUGGAGAUUUCUUUCCCUUUGAUGGACCCCGUGGUGUGCUGGCUCAUGCUUUUCAGCCAGGAGAGGGGAUGGGAGGAGACGUGCACUUUGAUGAGGAUGAAACAUGGACAGCAGGGAAGCAAGGGUACAGCCUGUUUGCUGUUGCAGCUCAUGAGCUCGGACACUCACUGGGUUUGACUCACUCUCAAGACCGUUCUGCCAUCAUGUAUCCCAACUACAGGUAUCAAAGUAACACACAGUACUCCCUGUCAAAAGACGACGCGCUCGGGAUCCAAGCACUGUAUGGAAAACCCACAAGACGUGAAGAAACACAAGCAGCCCCCCAAAAGUGUGACCCAAACUUUUCUUUCGAUGCAGCAGUUAUGAUUUCAGAUGAGAUUGUAUUUUUUAAAAACAGGUACAUGUGGAUGAGAACCACUAAGACGACUUAUUGGAAUCGCCUGAGAGAGAGCCCCAGCAGUGCAUAUUUACCCAGCAUCAGUUCUCGCGUUGAUGCUGCUUAUGACCUCCCUGCCAAAGGCGUGGCGUACAUAUUCACUGGUCAUAAGUACUGGGUGGUUCAACGGCUUAAGAUGAAAAGUCAAGCUGGCUCUAUUUAUGAAUACGGUUUCUCGUCCAGAGUCCGGCAGGUUGACGCUGCAGUACACAUCACUGAAUAUGGAAAAACAGUCUUCUUCAUAGGAGAGGUUUAUUACAGGUUUGAUGAGCGCAAGAGGAUAAUGGACCCUGGCUUCCCCAGACUCAUCCAAACUGACUGGCCUGGAAUCCCCAGAAGGGUCGAUGCUGCCUUCAAGUUACAGGGUAGCAUCUUCAUCUUAAGUGGCACAAAGUCCUACCAGUAUGACUUCAGAAAAAAACAAGUGGUGAAUGUAAUUUCAGCAAACUCCUGGUUAGGAUGCUGAAACAGUCGUACUGUGUGCUCCUGAGAACACCACAUAUCUUUGAGCAACAACGGGGAAAAAAGGCCUUGAGCCUAAUAAAGUUAUUUUUGAUGAACUGACACCAAACAACUGUUACCUAUUCUUCAUGUUGUGUGUAUUCCUCUUUCUAAAUGACAUUUUCUACGUCCCUCUCUGGUUCAGUGACACUGUACAUGACUGGGAUAAAAAUAACUUGUGUUUAUGUGUAUGCGUUUUAUCUCACACAAUGUGUACCUGUAACUCAGGGGAUACUUUCAAAAGCUGACUAAAUACUACUUGAAAAUAUAUGAAUGUGCUUGAGGAUGUUUGUGUUAUCCUAACUCUAUUAUAUCUUUGUAAAUCUAAAAAUGUUUGAUCAUAUUCUUCCUGUAAACUCAAUAAAUUGUGUUUUUUUUUCCUUCAUAAUUCUCAAAAGUUUCUGGACAACAAACGUGUUCCUUCUUUUCUCUCAUAACUUAGGUAAAUUUGAGGGGAAAUGACUCAGGUCUCAGUACUGAAUUAUUUUGCGAUAAUACUCAAAGAAUCAUUAAAAUAUUUUAUUUUUUAGCAUUUCAAUGUUGUACCAGGUUGUAGAGGAGCUGACUUUUACUGCUUCAGAUAGAUAUCCUCUUUAUUGUCAUUGUAUAAAAGAACACAAUGAAACUUUGUUGGCAGCAAUCCUGUACAGCAGCGUUUACAAAAACAGUUCACAUAUAGGCUAGAUACAAAUAUAUUUGCGUUAUAGCUAUAGAUUGUUGUUUGAAUGCACAUGAUAGAUCUCAAUUCAAACUAACAAAUACAUUCAGCUAUAAUAAAAACCUAGAGGGGAAAUAAUGCUCAACAUAAUGUGUAAGUCUCUAUUGAAGUUUUGGAAGAUGGCUGUUAAACAUGAGUUUUUUCUUGCCACUCUAACUUUGCUAAAUGUUGCCUCUGUGUUCAUGAUGGAGUCAUGUUGAGUCUUUGUAGAUAAUAAAACAAAGAGUAAGGUCUUUUACCUGCUAUUUUGUAAAGUAUUUUGAGAUAACAUUAGGUAUUGAUUGGUAUUACAGUAAAUCACAUAUUUUGUUAUAUUCAUACCUACUUUCCACCACCACUCCAGAGUCGUUUUUUUUUAAAAAUGAUAUAAAAGCAGGCAGGUAGGUGUAGGUAAUCUGUUUUUUGUCGACACAUGAAAUUAAAAGUCUCUCUUUUGUUGUUCCAUUUCAAAGCAACCCUUACAACAUUGGAC